ACGUGAUUUUUUGUGUUGUGUGUGUUUUGAGCAAGAAAGGUUAGAAGGAAAACAAUGGUUGGACCGUCGCGGCCUCAGAUCGUUUUGUUUGGAUCAUCCAUUGUUCAGAUGAGUUUCGGCCAUGGUGGCUGGGGUGCUAUUCUCUCCGAGGUCUAUGCUCGCAAGGCCGACAUCAUUCUUCGUGGAUAUUAUGGAUGGAACUCAACUCGUGCUUUGGAAGUUGUGGACAAAGUGUUCCCCAAGGAUGCUGAGGUACAACCUUCUCUAGUGGUUGUCUAUUUUGGAGGAAACGACUCAAUGGCGCCUCACCCUUCUGGUCUAGGACCUCAUGUACCGCUUACUGAAUACGUUGAUAACAUGAAGAAGAUCGCUCUUCAUCUUCAGAGCCUUUCAGACUCGACACGUCUCAUAUUUCUUAGUUGCCCUCCAGUGGAUGAGGCCAAAGUUCGUCAGAACCAAAGCCCAUACUUGAGUGAGGUGAUCCGCACAAACGAGCUAUGCAAGACAUAUUCAGAUGCUUGUGUGGAGCUGUGCCAAGAGCUCGGCCUAGAAGUAGUUGACCUCUUCUCUACUCUUCAAAAAGCAGAUGACUGGAAAAGUGUUUGCUUCACAGAUGGGAUACAUUUGUCAGCACAAGGAAGCAAACUAGUGGCGGGGGAGAUACUGAGAGUGAUAAAAGAAGCGGAAUGGAAACCGUCGCUUCACUGGAAAUCGAUGCCAACCGAAUUCUCAGAGGACUCUCCUUAUGAUCUUGUUUCAGCUGAUGGCAAACAGACUGUAAACUCUUCAGAAUGGACUUAUUUCUGGGAAGAACAAUGGGACUAAAACAUUUCAACACAACAACAAGACCUUAUCCUUUAUAUAAAUUUUACUGUCUUAAAUGUA